AUGAUUAGCAACCGUAGAUGUAAUAAAUUCCCAAUCCUCCGUCUACCGUUUCUUGCCAUUGAAGAAAUCUUCAAAACUAUGAAUCCAAUCGAAAUAAUCAACUUCUUAAUGAUUAACAAACGAACCAAAGCAGUGGCGAAAUUGAUGACGUUCUAUUCAAAAUACUCAAUUCAUCUUUCUGUUAAUAAACUCUUGUUAAGAAUUAGCCUUAAUGGAACUAAUAACUUUGUGUCAUGUACUUAUGAAAUGACAUCAGACAAAAAAAUGGAUGGAAAAACGGAAGAAUAUAAAUAUAACGGUCGCAUUAUACGGACGGUAUUCAAGUAUUCGACGGAUCCAAUAGAGGAAUGGAAACAGUUGUGUAAACAUGUAUUGGAGCUAUUCAAGAAGCAGACAAUCGACGCUUUAACAGUUUAUAUGGAUUCAUUCGUAGAUCAAAACGUUUCGAUUAUUGAUCUUUUGAAGAUUAAUGUGAAAUCAGUGGACAGAUGCAAUCUGUUUCAAUCGGAUGAAAAGAAUGACGUAGAUGGACACACCGCAUAUCUUCUCGAUAAUUUAAAAGUUAAUGAUGAGUUAAAUUUGCAUCUUCACAUUAAAAACUACAAUUUCGAUGGGAAAUUUCCAAAAACUCCAAAGAAAUUAUAUCUCCCCAACUCGCAUUGGAUUGGAUAUGAGAAACUGCUUGAUAUAGAUUGCAAGCAUGUAGUCCUGAGAAAUAAUCGAAUCACGAAUGAAGAAUGGAAUUUGUUUCUCAAGAAAUGGAUAUCAAUGGAAACGAAUCAAAAUCUGGAAUAUUUGGAACUCGAUAACAGAUAUCAAGAUAUAUUUAGAAUUCAUGUGUUGUAUGAUAUACCGCAUGAAGUAGUGGAUGGAAGAGUCAAACGAGUAUUGAAGAUUCGCUUCAAUCAAACUCAAGCGAUAAGCGGAGGAAUCGAUAUCAGACGAAUCGAUGGAAAGACUGCCACAUUCUUUGCGCACCGUGCGUUUGAAAUGGAAUAUUUUAUCAUGAGUAUUCAUUAA